CACAAUUGUAUUUACUUACUUAUAAUCUAAAAGCACAUCAGAAAUUGACAUAGCCACAUUCAUUCACAUCGAUUUUUAAUUUUUGUAAAAAUUUUAUAAAAAACAAGAUAAGCGUUAACUUCGGUUAAACCGCAGCUAUAAAAUCCUUUAAAUAUAAAAAAGUUGUCCAUACAAGCAUUGGAUACCGAUCGUUGUGUGGCAGCUAUAUGCUAAAUUUGUCCGACAUUAGUGGUUCCAGCAAAUGAGCAGCUUCUUGGGCCAAAGGGAUGGGCAAAAUUUCAGGUCAUGCAAAUCAUAUACAUAUAUAUUUUAUAGGAUUAACAUCGGAGAUCUGUGUGUUACAAACUUCGUGACAAACUUAAUACACCCUGUUCAGGGUAUAAUUAAAAAAAAAACUCGACAAGGAGCUUAGCUGAAAAAUACUACCGUAAUAUGAGAAGACUCUCCGCCUUUUCGAACUUACGAAAUUAAUAACACUGUGUCAUUUCAUUCGAAAUGCAACACUGGUACUUCGAACUUUUUUCUAUUCAAAGUGCAAGAGGGGAAAUUGUUAUUCGUAUAUUUAGUUUUAGUUCAGACGCGAAAUAAAUUCACUGCUAAUAAAAAUUAAUUGAAAUAUUAUCGUUAUAAAAUCAGUUGAAGAAUGUUUUCUUUUUAGUUUUAAAAAGUUUUAUAUUUGAUUGCAUUUUUCGAAAGCACAAAGUGAAAUCAUCGACAAAGUUCAGCGCGAAUUAUGUGUAAAUUUACCCAAAUCGAUUUUCCACGUCUGUAAUAAAAUUUCUCUGCGUUUAAAAAGAAUAUCAACAAUAAAGACCCAAAUUAAGAACGCAAUUCAAUUACCCUAAACACAAAUAAUAUAAAAAGGAUAAAAGCGUUUAUUUACAUCUACCGAAGGCCGACUGUGAUUGUCCUUAACAUGGAAGCGUUACAUCCUACAGUGAAAUUAAUGCAGGGACUGCAGUUUGCUGCCAGCAAGCAUCGUACGCAACGGCGCAAAGAUAAUGAGACACCCUAUAUUAAUCAUCCCAUAAAUGUGGCAACAAUUCUCGCUGUGGAAGGUGGUAUCUCCGAUGAAAAUGUACUCAUUGCUGCUCUUUUGCAUGACACUGUCGAGGAUACCGAUGCCACAUUUGAGGAAAUCGAGCAACAUUUUGGCGAGGAAAUUUGUGAAAUUGUACGUGAGGUCACCGACGAUAAAACAUUGGAGAAACAAGAACGCAAGCGUUUGCAAAUCGAACAUGCGUCAAGCUCAAGUAAGAAUGCCAAAUUAGUGAAAUUGGCGGAUAAGUUGGACAAUCUGCGAGAUUUAGGCAGGAAAGCGCCAAUCGGUUGGACGCCUGAGCGUCAAGAACAAUACUAUGUUUGGGCUAAGAAAGUGGUGGAUAAUAUGCGUGGUACAAACACAGAGUUAGAGCGCAAAUUAGAUGACAUUUUUAAAGCGAAAAAACUACUUUAAAUACAUAUAGGGUACUUUCCAAAUAUAUAUUAAUUUUUAAUUAUUUGUUGAAUGAAAGCUUUGUGGUAAAUAAAAUUCAAAUUUUAAAAUACACACACAUUUAAUGUUAUUGCUAAUUGAAUACAUUUUACUAAAUACCCCAUUUUAUUUGCUGAUAUAUAUUACGUAAUUUAUUCCGACGUACCAAGUUAUAUACAUUUAUAAUAAUUAGGUUUGUUUACAUUUUUAAGCCGCUUAUCAAAAUGAAAACGUAUAACGGAAGCAGACUUACCUUACCUUACAACCAUAUGUUGCUUCAACUCAUAUUUCCACAAUUGAUAGCGAUAUAAGAAUAGUCAGGCCUGCCUUCCAGACGACAAUUUGUUUGGGCCAGUUCUGCACUUUUGAAAAAUCACAGCAUAACCUAUGAAUUGUUUACAGACCGCAGUGUGCUUUGUCUUUUGACAAUAAAACAAAUAUUUCGCUAAACAAUCCUGCCAAAGAAUAUGACGUCAGCAACAACAACAACGUCAGCGAAUUUUCCGUUGUAUCUACAAAUUUAGAAUUUUAACUUGCGUUGGCCAACGGCAACAUAUGUAUUCUUUAGUGGUCUGAAAUGUGGCAUGUAUUCAAUGCGUGCUUCUUUUGACUGUCUUGUCUAUUAAUAUGUGUAAUUGGUGCUUCAAGAAUAUUUUCGAUAAUUUUUUUGAUGAUCUUUCUACAUGCACCACCCAAAAGUUUAUCGUUGCCGUUUAAAUAUUUUGUUAUAUUCCUUUUUGUUUGGUUUGAAAAUGAACAACUCUACGAAAAUGUUAACAUUUUUAUUUUCGAAUUCUGUCAUGCCAUAUUUUACAUAUACAUAUAUCACAUCAAUUUAAACUCAAUAGAAAAUAAUUUUUGAUCGUUAAGAAAGCAUAUACUUGGCAAACUUAUAAUACUUAAUAAAAACUUCGAAAUAACAUAAAAUGACAUGGCAUAUUUUAAUAAAGAACAUUGCUAAAAAUCUAAUUUUUGGUCUCCCCAUUAACAAGGUUUUUUAAUGAAUUUUUCAACUACACAUCCUUUGGCUUUUAUAUCAUUGUAAAUAAGUACAUGAAAAUAUGUAGCAGAUAAACAAAAAUACCCCAAUAUCGCAUGAUGCUAAUGCAUACCAUAUGAUACACUUAUGAUUUUUUGGCAAACUCACUUGUUUAACCCUUUUAGUGCCGGGCCACAGUUUCACAGUUUUACAAGGGUUCGGAAAACUGCUUGUAAAAACCAAACGAGAAUUAAUAUUUACAUCAUUCAAAAAGCUGCGUAUUGUGGAUGAAAUACAGAACUAAACAAUGAUACUAGUUUUUCGGAGUCAUUUAAAUAUUAUAGAAAAAACAAAGGUAUAAACGUUUGUAAAUGAAAUGAAUUUGAGAUCUCUUGUAGAAAACGUAUUUGCACAUACAAACAGUCAUAUUUUCAUCAUAAUUGUAUAUACUUUGUAUUUCCAAUAUAUAUUUUGUAACAAGAUAAAUAUUACAUAAAAAAACAAAACACCACUUAAAGGUACGGUAUUUAUGUUAGAUUUCGGUACUUCCAAGCGAGCGAUAGGAAAAACGUCGUCAACAAAGAGUUCAAACAAAAAAUAUUUUUUUAAUUAUCUUGUGAUUAAAUUAUAUCAUUUAUAACGCAUUUGUAUUUAUUUUGCGAUAGAGUUCUCCUGCAAUAUAAUAAAGCAAAUAGUAAAGCGCUACAAGGCGCUGGCCGAUAUAUCCGCUUUGGUACUUCUCGCCAGUGCAACAAGAGCCGAUAUAUCGGCCUCCGACACUCAAAGGGUUAAUAUAUAAGUAUGUUACGUAUACGCACUGAAAACAACAAUAUCUAUACACAUUAAUACAUAUAUGAAUAACCAAAUACAAAUUAAUGUUCGUACGUAUGUAUUAACAUAUUAUGACGUGUAUGUUGGCACAAUUAAAGAAGAAAAAAAAAUAAAUAAUACAUACAUAUGUAUGUAUGGUUAUGUAUGUAUGUUUAUUAAUGCAUAGAAAAUGCUAAAAACACAAUAAAAUUUUGUUAUGAGCAAACAACAAUAUACACACGUGGCGUAAAUGUAUGGCACACAAAUUUAAAUUGAAUGAGUCAAAUGAGAUAAUAUAUUUGGUUUUUUUUAUUUGCAUAUUUUUGCUAUAAUUUUACUGUAUUUUUUUUCGCCCAAAACAAAAAUGAUAAGCUUGAAACGGAACAAGCAUUCCUGAUCACGCCACGAUCGUUAAAAGAUAGUGAUUGCUGUUUGCGCAUGGAUUUUUGCCGGUUCAUUAUGACUUGGUUAGCAAUUUCUAAUUAUUCGCCAACACGUUCGACGACGCGCUGACUAUUUUACUGUUGUUUCGCUUGUCAACUGGCUGAUCGUCGUAUUCACGAUCAUUACCAAGACCAAUAUUGUGGCUCUCUUUUUACUCAUUGUUGUAAAUAAAUUUGUAAUGAAUAAGUAAGCCAAUAUACAGGUUGGUUGAAAAGUUUCUGCGCUCGAAAUGAAAAAAAUUCUGUUGUUGGUAGGAAAUAUAUUUAAGUUUAUGUCAUCCCUAUAAUGACUUUCCGGAAGCUCUUCAAAAUACCCGUCUACGGCUGUAAUAGCUUCAUUCGACGAAAAACGCAUUCCACGAAGAAAUUGUUUCAGGUUUCGGAAGAGGUAGUAAUCGCUGGGAGCCAAAUCUGGUGAAUACGG